GUUAUCAUUGUUCCAAUGCAUCGAAUGUCAGACAAGUUUUAUGCGAUUUAAAACAUUUGUUGUUAUUUUUUUUUUUGUUAAAUUGUCAUCUAAAAACAAAAAAAAAUUGUUUCAAAAAAAAGAAAUUCCAAAAAUUGUUCUUCAUAUUUUACUUUUUUGAAAAUUUUCUUGUUUAUUGCAUAACUUCGAAAGCAGAAGAAAAAAGAAUAAAAAUUCGAAGAAAUUAUUUUUAUAUUGAUAAGGAAAAUUAAAAACUCGUUAUAAAAGUGUUUAUAUUUAAAGGGGGUAAAAAUGGGAAACUUUAAAUCAAGCUUUAAAGAACUCACGCCUGAAUUAUUGGAGGAAUACACUGAACUUACUUAUUUGAAUAAGUCGGAAAUUAUUUAUAUUUUUAAACUAUUCAAACAAGCCGAUCCAAGGAAUGUUUACAAUGACAUCAAUUACAGAUUGUCAAUGGAAAAUGUUUUAUAUAUUAUUCCACAUUUGCGACAUAAUCCAUUUCGAGAUUCAAUAUUUCGUGUGUUUUCGUCUAAAAGAGAUGGAAAAAUGGGUUUUGAAGAUUUACUGGAUUUAUGCUCGGCCUUAAAUGAAAAGUGUCCGGAAAGUGUUCGAUCUUCAUGGGCAUUUCGAAUUUUCGACUUUGACGGCGACAAUCAGAUCUCGCUCGAUGAUUUGAUCGAAUCUGUAGGUAGACUGACAGGCCUCGAAAAUGGAGACAGCAGAAUUGAUAGAGAGAGUGCCGAAUUUAUUGCUCAAUUGACUCAAUAAUUAUCUAGUAUUGAAACACUGUGAGCCAAUUAGUUGGCAUUAUCUCAGCAAUUGAUUGGAUAAUUGUACAAUUUAUUGAGCGCUAAAAAAGAAUAUCAUCGCAUUUUGUUGAAUAGUCAAUGACAAUCAAAUUUAAGUGGAAUUAUAUUAACCACUUUGUGUCAUUGUUUAAUAGAUUUAUUCAUUUGAUUUAUUUUCAAUACCAUUUAUUCUGCUUGUAAUUCUAUUAUUAGCCCCGCAAUAUGAAGUGUGAUAUUUAUUGUUUUAACGACACUUUUCACCAUUUCACAAAAUAAUACAUAUCACACAACCAACGUGUAAUAUAUUUAUUCGUUACGAUUCAUUUCGCUUUCAAAAUUAAAGUUU